CUGCAGGGGCGCGGGAGCUGCCAUUCUUGCUUAGUGUCGCCGCCAUGGCAGAGCUGGAGUUCGUGGGCAGUCAGCAGCAGACUGUGGCUGCCGGUAACGGGGUUUUGGAAGGCAUCGAGGAGGAUCCUGCUGCCGCCUUCCUGGCGCAGCAGGAAAACGAGAUCGCGGGCAUCGAGAAUGACGAGGGCUACAACAUCCUGGAGAACGGCGAGGUGCCGGCGGAGCUGCAGGUCCCGGAGGGCCUGGACCCGGGUGCUGUUGACAGAGUGGUUAAUGGAGAAGUCUAUCAGGAGAGUAAUGGUACAAAUGACUCCUCUGCUGCCACGUGCCAGGUAGAUGGACUGCAGUCAGAGCCAGAGAGCAUUCGUAAGUGGAGAGAUGAGCAAAAGGAGCGCCUGGAGCAACUUGAUGCGAACUCACGAAAGCAGGAAGCAGAAUGGAAAGAGAAAGCAAUAAAGGAGUUGGAGGAGUGGUAUGCAAGACAAGAGGAAAAGCUCCAGAAAACAAAAGCCAGCAACAGGGCAGCUGAAGAAGCCUUUGUGAAUGAUGCAGAAGACAUUUUUCCGGGCACUGAGUGGGAACGUGUGGCUCAGCUCUGUGACUUUAAUCCCAAGUCUAGUAAGCAGGCAAAAGAUGUGUCCCGCAUGCGUUCAGUCCUCAUCUCACUCAAGCAGGCUCCGCUGGUUCGCUGAAGGAGAGCAUGAUGGAAACACUACAAAUGCAAUAUUGUAACCUUACUCAGAGAAGCUACGUUUGCAGUAAUUGGUUUAAUUGUUUCAAUUUUAUUAUUUUUUUUGGACCAAACAUCAUCAUGUAUCUAGAGCUGAUCAUUGUUUGAUUGCAUGUUCUUCCUCGUGUUUCGUUUCUGUGUCUGAAAUGGCAGAACCUCCAAAACUCUAGUCUCUGUGCGGUUGUGCACAGAGAUGUCACUUCCCACAUUACUGAUAUUAAAGAUCUUUUAAACAGCAAAA